AUGACUGAUCAAACAGAUAUAAAAAGAAUAAAUGUAUACAUUCCCUUCAUUGAAAUUUAUCUUCAAUUAGAAAUUAAGAUUACUAGUAAGCUUCAAUAAUUGGCAGAGAUUAUUCAUUAAGUUACUAGCAAUGAUAAUGAAUUGAAUAUAUUUAGGUAAUCCUUUAAAUAUAUUUAUUUGAUUUAAAUUUAGAGGAGAAUUACUUGGUAUGAAUCAAGUGAUAGCUUAAAUACAAGGAAUUACUUCGGGUGAUCCAAAAUGCUAUUUAACAGCAUAUGCUGAAAUGACUGGUGCAUGA